AUGUCUCUCACCGCGCGUGAGCUCCAACGCCUGGAGGAGGCCGCCUGGCGCGAGGACGCGUCGCGGCGGCUCUACGCGACCCCCCACCUCCCUGGUUUCCCUUGGCAUACCGUGAUCGGCGCCGACGGCCUCGCGCGGCGCCACGUCGUCCCGUACGAUUUCACCUUUCGGGUUUUCGUGAAAGGCCGGUGGGUGGGGCGGCGGCUGCUCGAGGUCUACGCGGGGGAACUCCCCCACCACGCCCCGGCGUACUACGCCGCCGGCCUCGCCAGCGGGCGGCUCCGCUGCGUCGCCCGGCGUGGGAACCUCCCACGCCGACAGCUCAAACGUGGAAGGGGGGGCGGGGGUCCCUUAAGGGAUCCCUCGGAGGCCGUUUCCGCCGGGGAUCCGAUCUUUCCCUCGGCGGCGGAUGGGGUUUCCCGCGCGGAUGGGGGUCUCCCACCGGGGGGGGAUGUCGUGCUCCGUCAUGGCGACGUCGUCCUGCACACCGUGCACCGCCAUGAGGUCCCCGUCGCGAUGGGAGGGGGCGGGGUCGCCGCGGUGGAGCUCCUCGCGGUGCACCUCCGCGAGGAGGGAGGGCUGAUUGGGGUGGGGAAACCCACCGGCCUCCCCACCCACCCCACCGGGCGAUACGCCUAUAACGCCGUGGUCGAGAUGCUCGCGUACGUGCUCGCGCCGAAGCGCCUCAAGGCGUGGUUAACCGAGGCGGAUCCCCUCCUUCAGAGCCUCGUUCGCACCCACCACCUCACCGCGAGCGCGAAGGAGGCGCUUUGGGCGUAUUACCGCCCCGCCCCUUCGCAUCCAGGCGAUUUCGAUCCACCGAAUCGGGAUGGGGAGGAGGUUGCGAUCGAAAAGCUACCGCGGCCCUGCCAUCGUUUGGAUCGCGUGACCUCGGGCAUCCUCCUCCUCGGCGUGGGGGAGGCCACGACGAGUCGCGUGAGUCGGGCGUUGAUGAGGAAAUCCAAACACGUCGAGGCGGUCGUGCUCGCGGCGAGGGAAGCCUCCGAAGGGGCCCUUCCUUUCACCAGAGAAACGCAUGAAGGAGGGGAUUCGCUCCGCCACGUCCUGGCGGAGCCUUUGGGGGUGCGAAAACGCUAUCUCGCGCGCGUUUCAGGGAGAUUCCCGCCGCGUGAAACCCCCUCCCAGGUGGGGUUCGAGGCCGAUCCCGUUUCCCCUGGCGUCUUUCACGUGGAUGAAGAAACGAUGGCGCGCGUGAAUCGUGACCUCCUCCCACAGGCGGGGAAAGGUGAGGAGAGGAAUUCGGAACUCGCUCGUGCGAUGAGCGAGGUGGAGCCGGGCGGGAUUCUGUUUGUCAACCCCGUAGCCGCGAGCAAAGCCCACGCCGAGGGGGAGGCUUCUGAAUUGAUUUCGUCGUCUUCGUCGCCGGCCGUGAGCGCUCCCGCGCGUCGGAUUCCCCAGACCGCGAUGACGCUCUGCCAGCGGCUGCGUUUUAUUCCCGGGGUAGAGAUUUUCACCGGUGAAGACGGCGGAAGGAGCUCGAAUCUUGUCAACCCCGAUGACGGCCAAGCCAAAGGAUUGGCGAGUAUUCUCCAGUGCAUCCCCUUCACCGGCCGGCUGCAUCAGAUUCGCGUGCACCUCAGCGAAUGGGGAUUUCCCAUCGAAGGGGAUACAAUCUACGGCGCCCCUCCCGCCAACAGCCCUUUGCUAACGGCAUCGGAGAAGCAAAAACACGACUCCACAGCCGAGGAAGUCGCGAAACCGUCAAGCGCGCCGUCGUCGUCGUAUGUGUACUACGAUCCGAGUCAGCUACCGAGGUCGUAUCUCGAGUAUAUGAAGCAAUGCCGCUCUAGCGAAGGUAAGGGGAGUGAGAAAAACGAGAAAAAAUCCGCCGUUGCUGGCAUCCACGAGCCUGAGGAAGAAAAAGAGGAGGAUGUGGUGGAGGAAGAGGGGUUAUGUUAUGAAUGCGCUGGCAAGCUGCCUAUUAUAGCUCUGGACGAAUCCGUGAACGCCUCGGCCAUUCGCCUUCACGCAUGGCGAUAUGAAUUAGACGAAGACGUCAUAUUCGGCUCCGAUUAUCUGUCUGAGGGUGAAGAUCCCGAUAAAGAUAAUGGUUGUGCGGAGAGUGCCCUCAAAAUUCGAAAAGAUGAGGGCAGCGCUAAUUAUUUACCUCGGCGAGAUGCAGACGAAGCGAUGGAAGUGAUUUUUGGAUCGAAUUUCGUCAAGCGUGUGGGCAAGCAGAUUGUUUUUUCAUCCCCUCUUCCCGAGUGGGCACUAGAAUAG